AUGGAGUCGACCGAACUCGCGGCAGGCGCAGCGGGCGCAGCCGUCGACUCGGACGACGGAAGAGGGCGACGACCAAAGGACGACAAGUGGGACACGACGGCGGAUUUGAUCGCUGGGUGGAUGGGUGGGGCUGUCGGAGUUCUUGCAGGCAACCCUUUCGAGGUUCUGAAAGUCCGCCUGCAGACACAUCCGUCCUCUCACGGCUCUCCUCCCGCGCCCAAACCCGCCUCGACCUCUUCACCCCGAGUCGGAAAGUCCUCCAUCCCACCUUUACCGUCCCCCUCAUUUCCGUUCCCGCCUCCCCCUACACCCCUCGGCGCAACAGGCGCCGCACCACCCCUCCCAGCCGUCGCCUCGCCUAUAAAGCACACCUCGUCAACCCUCAUGACACCCUCUCCAACCCCCUCGGCCCUCUCUUCCUCGCCAGCACACACCUCGAACCCAUCCGCCUCGUCGUCCGGCUCGCAUGCGAAAGUCGGGUUGAUCAGCUUGUAUCGCUCGGAGGGGAUCCGGUUCUUCUUCGCAGGCACGGCGGGGCCAAUUCUCGGGCUGGCGUUCAUCGAUUCGGCGUUCUUUGGGCUGUAUGGGCGGAUGAUGCAAGCGCUGCGUCAGGACCGACAAGACCCGAAUGCGUUGUCUCGAGUGUUCGCUUCAGGCGCAACCGCAGGCGCUCUCUGCGCGCUCCUCGAAACACCCAUCGAAGUCGUCAAGACCCGCGCUCAGGUCGAGUCCGUCCCAGGCAAGAAACUCGGCUCGUUCCGCAUUGCGUCGCAGAUUGCGCGCAAGGAGGGACUGCGAGGGUUCUAUAUCGGUGGAUUGAUGACCGCCGUGCAUGAUGGGAUCUCGAGUGGGAUCUUCUUCUGGGGUUACUUCGUCUUCCGGAGGAUGCUGAGAGGAGAAGAUCCGUUCCAUGCCGCCUCGGCUACCGCACACCCACCGCCGGCCUCGACUCUCGAAUCUUUCGCCGCCUCGACCGCCUCUUCCUCUCCCUCGCCUUCGCCUUCCCCCGCACCCGCAUCGCAACCGCAAUCGCAACCAGAUACCCCAGCGCCUAUACCCUCCUCUUCUCCCCUUACCCUCUCCAAAACGGAAAUCCUCCGCAUCCUCUUCGCAGGCGGCUGCGCUGGAGCCCUCUCGGCCCUCAUCCCCUACCCCUUCGACAUCGUCAAAACCCGACUCCAAACAGCCAAUUUCGAGUCACGAGCGCGCUCAAGUCCAGUCAACAUCGGUCGAGGAGGCGCAGGCUUUGAGGGACGGUUCACGAGUAACGCGACGCCUUUUCAUACGAGGGUUGGGGCGAAACAGGCGGCCGAGGCGGUGGAGGGUAUUGCCAGCGCGGGUGCGAGCGGGGCGGGAUCGGGCAGGAUGACUGUUCCGAGUGUGUUUCGGGGAAUCCACGCAGACGGAGUCGCGUCGUAUCGGUAUCGCUACCCUUCGACGAUGGUCUACCAGCUUCUCUCGACGUGGGUCUUUCCCCAGCGUGGGGCGGGCGCGCCAGGGAAGGAGAAGACGGCGUUGGAUCCGAGGGCGGAGAAGUGGGCGUUGAGGGUAUUGGGAUUCAAGGGCUUUGCGAGGGGGCUGAGGCCGACGGUUGUCAGCUCGUUCGUGGGCAGUGCGGCGACUAUCACGACCGUCGAGAUUGCGCUUCACUUCCUCGGGGUCAGCAACGGGGGUGGAGGAGUUGGCUGA